CCGUUAAAAAGCGUGAGGUGGGGGGAAAGCACGUCAAGCUGUCUAGACUGUUUGUAUGGUCACAGUCUUUGCUGGUACGUUUAGCUGAACUUCAUCAUUUAGGGGAGCGGGAGAAACUAAUGAGAUUUUAACCGACUCGAGCAUAGUAAGCAGACCGGGCGGUAGAUCUCCCAUCCUCUUUCUCUUCAGCAGGCUGAUAAGGAGACGCAGAUGGACAACAGGAACACAUCUGAUGACAAGCCCGUUCAGCGCUCUAAGUCUUUUAGUUUCAAGACACAGAAGGAGACGUGUGCAUCAUGUGAAAAGACGGUGUAUCCGAUGGAGAGACUUGUGGCCAACAACCUCAUCUUCCACACCACAUGCUUCUGCUGCAAGCACUGCAACACCAAACUCAGUCUGGGAUCCUACGCAGCACUGCAGGGGGAGUUCUACUGCAAGCCACACUUCCAGCAGCUCUUUAAGAGCAAAGGAAACUACGAUGAGGGCUUCGGUCGCAAGCAGCACAAGGAGCUUUGGGCCUCCAAGGAUGCAGAGAGCAUCACCAAGACAUCAUAAUCAUUAGCGAUUUGUUUUCCACAGCUAGCCUUUCCCUGGCCAAUGAUGACCCUUUAUAUACUCUGCUCAGCCACCACUUACACUCUCUCACACACACGCAACACAAUCACAAAUACACCACCUUUUAUAGGGUUGAUAUCCUUCUUUUAAGAUUUUUUUUUUUUUUUUUCAUUUUUAUUUAGCUUUAGCAUAUAUAACUGUAUGUUCAUCAUAUUUUUAUGUUUCUUAUUUGAUAUCUAGUGUUGUGGAGUUCAUCCACAGUAAAAUGUUAGUUGAUUGUGACCAAAAUCUUUGAAUCCCUCAUAAGUGGGAUGAUUUUCUCAUUAGUAUCAUUAUGAUCCUGUUUGGCAGUAAUAGUAUUGGUUUGUUUGUUGUAUUUCUGUUGUAAGAGUGGUUUUGAGAUGAAAUGCUUGCAUGAAUAUAAAGUUUUAGAUUAUACACUCAGGUAAGAAUUCUGGGGUAUUGCAUCAAAAUUAAUCGGCAAUCUUUUAUGUCUGUAGUUGACUUAAGUGUUUGUUUUUAUGAUUGAUAUUUUCCCCUUGCUUGUGUUGUAGCAAUUGGUACUGUCUUCAGAGUACAUGACUUACCAGUGUUCCUUUCAGUGGGAAGACUGUCUUUUAUUUUGUUUUGCUUUGUUGGUGCAGGUGUUUUUCUUAAUCUGUGAAUCUACAAGGUACACUGUAUUGUAAAUAACUCACUUGAGUUUAAUUCAGCCCAUCCAUUUUUACUUUCCUGCUCUUAACACACAUUAUUUUCUUUUGACUAAAGAAUCAAUGAUGAAACAUUUUACAGAUCCUGUAAGCAAACAUGAGUUUCCUUUUCAAAUAUGACAUGUAUCUGAGGCAUUUGAACGUUCAUGCCCAUUGCUGAAGAUUGACCACUUUGAGUUAUUCUUAUUGUAAAUUAACAUCUACACUUGAUUGAAUGCUGAAAACAUGAUAGACUUUUAUCUCCCCCUUUUUCUGACGCCCUCUAGUGUUUAGAAUGAAAAUCCUUCUUUGACCCAAAGUCACAUUGUUCUCUUAGCUACAGUCUCCUUUGCAUUGCUACAGUAUGCCAUCUAGUAAUAUCUUUGCUCAUCAUAUCAGGUUUCAGUAUGAUACACUUUCUGUAUCUCUGUUGUUCUAUUUUAGUCUUUUAGACAUAUUUUUAGUUAGUGCUGUUCAGCAGUCUGUACGUCUUAACUUUUAAAUAAACCUUGAUGAUUUUUUUGCAGAGGCAUUUGAACAGAAGUACCACUAGGCAGAGUGAAUGUACUGUGAUGCACUGUACUGUACUUAUGCCUUCCUGCAUGAGACCAUGCUUGUACAAGAAAUGAAUAUACUCACAGGGAACUUGGUCUCAGAGGAAAUGACAUUUAUGAUGUGUCGCGUCAUUGCCUACCCCCCACCCCACUUCCUGUCAUCACAUAAUUUGGGCUAUUUCCUGUGGGCUUCUCUUUGACAAGGUUCAUUGGGAUUUGCAAGGACAUACUUAACGGUGUGGCUCCUAAGCAUUGCUCAGGAAUAUGGAUGGGUCACAAUGAUCCAGCUAUGUAACCCCCAGUGUUCAUUGUUAAAUGCAGUUGUUCAAUUGAACUUUAGGUUUGCUAUAGCAGAUCAUAAUUUCAUACUCUUAAGCAGACAAAUAGUCAGUGGUUGGGGUUUUGUCAUGCUUCUCUAUGAAAGCUAGUAAGCAGAAAGGGGGAUGCGGUAGAUCUACAUUUAAAUGAACACUUCCAUCACAGGUUUAAUAUGCACAUUUACAUGUCGGCGUGAAACUGUGACUUUGCAUCUUGUGAUUUGUCACUGUGGCCAUUUUAUAAGCUGUGAGCUCUCCAGUGGUCAUGUAUUUGUGCAACAACAUUGACAUCAUGUAGUUUCUUGAAAUGAAUGAAAUGCCUCUGUGUUUUAAUCCUAUUGCUUUUUGUGUUUUGUAGUGCCACAAAUGGUUAAGCCAGGUGUUUACUUAUGUUUGUAUAUGUGAAAUGCCAUAAAAAAGUGGUCUGUAGAUAAUUAGUUUAAGUGGCUUGUUAAAAUGGCCUUAUAGUCUGUAAGUUUGAGGAGAUGCUACAUUUAGACUUGCAAAGCCAUUGAGAAUCAUCCAAAUGUUUUCAAACAACUUGAAUGCCACAAAAGUCCCUUUUGUGUAUAUAUUUAAAGAUUACUGUGAAAUUGAAAUGUGUUGUGAGGUUUAGAGUAAUUAUCAAAAACUCUUGACAAGAACAGGCAUAAUAUUUGCAUAUUAAACCUUAGGGCGUUUUCAGACCUGUAGACCGUUUGCUUUGUUCCGAAACGGGAACUAAAUUGUUACAAUGUUGCAUUUUCUUCCUGGUUCGGUUCGCUUUCACAAGGCAACAUUUCAAAACGGACUAAAACUGUCAAUAAAAGUCACAUGAGAGCAAGCUGUCCCCUUAUUGGUCACUAUGUUCGCUGUUCCAGGAUUAAGCUCAUCCAUUGAUAUACCAAUUAAAAUGAUAUGCCUCUAAAAAAAACAUUACAAAUUUUAGAGAAUUUUCGAUAGUCGCCAGUUAGAGGUUGUGCUCCAAGUACAAAUUAUCUGUCACUCGGAUGGAUAUGAGUUGUAAAGUUUCCGUCAUGGUUAUUUUUUAUCCGUCAAUAGUUGCUUUUGCAUUAUUUCUCCAUUGAAACGUGCCUGUUCUCACAGAUCUCUCCCUCUGUCGCACGUGCACAUACACAAACAGCAGAGUAAAGCCACAUAAAAAAAAAAAAAUUUGUCAAAAAGUUGCUAACGCCAUCCAACCCGUGUUCUGCCGCUAUCCAAAAGCGAAAAACGAUCGUACUAAAAUUACCUCAUGAAUUACAAAACAGCUCCUAUUUUAAAUGUGCAAUUAUAUCUAAUAUAGUUGCCAAAAGGCUAUUUCCACGUUUUGAUGAUGAAUUUCAGGGAAGUGCUGACCUACAAAUGUCUCCUCCGAAGAUCCCUCAGUUAUGUUCAUGGUUUUUAUAGGGAUAUUGUUUGGUUCCUUGGUCCGUUGGGUCAGUUUGCAUUCUCACCACAAGCGAAUAGCUCCAGAGUUCGUUUGCGAUUGUUUUGGUGCGGAUCGACGUGUUCAUAUAUGCCUAAACGAACCGAACCAAGGGAGAAAAUGCACCAGGUUCCGAAACAAAUGCUUCAAACGAGCCAGGUGUGAAAACGCCCUUAGACUUUUCGUUUAGUUUUUGUUUUAAAUCCUUCAUAAGAACACAUUUUUUUAUUACAAAAUCUGCAACUCAUUAAUAACUGAGUAAAUAACUCUUCUCACCCUCAGUACUUUCAGGUGGUUACACCUGUAAAUGAUUUGGUCUUGUUUACAACGCUUUCUUUUCUGUUCCAUAUGUGCUUUUAUUUGAAGAACAACAUUUUCCUCAGACAUAAAUCACUGUGUUUACACCAGGUUUUAGAGGUUUGCACAGUGCGACAAGGUACAAAUUACACUAUCCUGCUAACGCUUGCUAUCUCUUACAAACUACAGAACAAAUGAGAAAAAGUUAUGCUUGUCUUUGCUCUGCAUUGAGGGAUUUGUAGUUACUGAAACAAAGUGAGUGUCUUUAUAAGUGUAUGGAUAUUUAAGGUGGCAAAAGAUUAUUUUUAAAUGCAGUUGAAACUGUCCACAUGGGUUGAGUGGGCGGAGAUAAAUAAAAGCAAAGUGUAUUACUCUAUAUGUAAAACUUAAUCAGCAGAACAAGGUGGCCUUAAAGGAGAAAGAGGGCCCUGGCUCUUUACUUGUCUCUUAUCCCCUAUCAGGUUUAUUUUUGUCUUUGUAAAUUUAUUAGCUCUUCAGUUCAAAUGCUACAAGAAUUUAUAAUAAAAUGCAAUGUCUUUUUCUUUCAUUUCCCCACAGUCUUAUCUUUUCCUUUUUAUUUUUCAUUUUUUGUACGCAUUUUUUUGGAGAAAAAGAAUAAAUGGUAUGCUGGUGUU